CACCCUUCCUUCCCCCUCCAGAGCUACUACUUUGGCCCUUAGUCUUUGGAUUUAGGUUUUUAAAUCGGACUUUGGUUACCUGGACGUGACAGUGAAGAGGGGAUGGGGCUAAGUAAAGAGCUCUGAUGCAACGGCAACUUCACAACAAAACCGUGCCUUCCUGGGUGACGCCCUCAGUCAUGGAGCACAUGCGAACACUGAAGGAAUUCAGCUUCGACGUCGAUUACAGACUGUACAAGCGAGAGGAGAAAUCGCGGCUCCAGGGAGGUGUGCUCCUGAAACAAAUUCUCCGAAAUAUUGAACAAUCGCUGGACACGUCUCCCACACCAAGUCCCAAGCUGAUGGUGUACUCGGCGGUGAGUCCUCCUCGUGUUCAGGUGCUGGAACCGGCAGCAUUCAGUGUGCCACAGAUCCUCGCAUGUUCCAUGUUCUUAAAUACAUAUGGUCACCAUUAAUAAAUGACACCA